UACUACUUCUUUUUUAAGAGAAUCCUUCUCGUAUGUAAGCAACUAACUAAAAAUGGUAUUCCUUAUUGAAGUAGAAAAGAAGACAAUUCCAAAUUACAUGAAAUAUGUAUUUGGUGGACUCGCUGGAAUGAUGGGGUCCUGCAUUGUCCAGCCCCUGGACUUGGUGAAGACGCGCAUGCAGAUCGCCGGUGCCAGUGGCAGCAAGGAGUACACCAGCUCGUUUGACUGCAUCGCCAAGAUUUUCAAAAAUGAAGGAUUUCUGGCAUUCUACAAUGGAUUGAGCGCGGGUCUGAUGCGUCAGGCCACCUACACCACCACGCGCAUGGGUGUCUAUCAGAUGGAGAUAGAGUCAUAUCGCAAGCAAUUCCAAAAGGCUCCUACUGUGCUGGCCAGCAUGGGAAUGGGCAUUUUUGCUGGAGCCAUUGGGGCCUUCGUUGGCAAUCCUGCCGAGGUGGCACUCAUACGCAUGAUGGCUGACAAUCGCUUGCCGCCAAAUGAACGACGUGGCUACAAGAACGUGGGCGAUGCGUUUGUGCGGAUCGUAAAGGAGGAAGGACUCUUUGCUCUCUGGCGUGGCUCACCGCCCACCAUCGCUCGAGCCAUGGUUGUCAAUAUGGUGCAGUUGGCUUCGUACUCCCAGCUAAAGAACUUUUUCAAAAAAUACUUGAAUGAGGGACUCAUGCUCCAUAUUUCUGCCAGCAUGAUGUCCGGAUUGCUCACCACCAUUACGUCCAUGCCGUUAGACAUGGCCAAGACGCGCAUUCAAAAUAUGAAGGUAGUGGAUGGGAAGCCGGAAUAUACAGGCACUGCCAAUGUCCUGGUCAAGGUGCUAAAGAACGAGGGAGUCCUAGCAUUGUGGAAGGGCUUUACGCCCUAUCUUUGUCGGGUAGGACCGCACACAGUAUUUGCUUUCGUAUUCCUCGAACAGCUGAACAAAGCUUACUACAAGUACGUCCUGGGGGAGGAAAAUACUGGCGCUGGAAUAUAAAGAGUGAACUGUCAGAAGUGCUUCCACUAAUUUCCAUUCUCUCAUCUGUAAUUUAUGACCCACACCGUCGUUAUGUAAUUUUACAAGGCAACUACAUGCCAGGCUUUUAUUUUUUGUUAAGGAUCUAUUUAAAAAUUGUAAUGCAAAUAAAACAAAAAGAAAUGCCAAAACAA